AUGGAGAUUUGGGCGUAUAAAUACAGGGCAAGGCAGCAGAGAAGGCAGCUCAGAUUCAACUGGCUCUUCAAACCGAGCAGGACCUCUGACUCUACAGCUAUGGCACCCACUGUUUUUGGACAAGCAAGCUACUCUAAGGAACACCUGACUCCUGCCCAUAAGCUGAGAAAGCCAAUGGUGGAGAAACUGCGCAGAGACCGCAUCAACACCAGCAUUGAGCAACUGAAAUCCCUGCUGGGUCCAGAGUUCCUCAGGCAGCAGCCCGAUUCCAAGCAAGAGAAGGCGGACAUCUUGGAGAUGGCUGUGUCCUAUCUGAGGAACUGGCAGCAGCAGAAGCAGCAGCAGCAGCAGGUCAAUCUGACCUCUGGCCUGAUGACGGCCACUGAUGGCUACUCCCGCUGCGUGCAGGAGGCCGUCAGCUUCCUGUCCCACUGCGAGGUCCAGACUCAGGCCCACAGACGGCUGCUCAGCCACUUCCAGGGCCUGCAGGCGUCCAGCAGGAUCAGCCACAGUCCCUGCACCCUCUCACCUCCCGGCUCUCCCCUCCAUCAGGUCAGCUCCAGCAAGGCUGUGAGCCAGGCCAGCUGUGGACUGUGGAGGCCCUGGUAG